AUGGCAGCAAAUUCUUCGUAUAACCUCGGCCUGCUCAACGGAAAUCUCUGGCGUCAGUGGUCGGAUCCGAGUGGUCUUAUAUACUACCAAAAUGUCAACACUCAAGUGACAUCUUAUCAACUUCCUGCUGGCUGGGAAGACCAUGCAAACGACGUGUGGGCACUUGAUCCAACCAAAGCUUGGCCACAAUGGAACAAUCAACGAACUCGCCGUGCACGCUUGGACGACCCCAACCCUCCACCCCCUGCAACCUAUCUUGAUGACCCCCACGUCACAGCCCGAGUCUCUGUUCUUGAAAGGACGCCGCAGUCCCCCGAGCUUUUAUACAGGCGAGUGAUGUGUGGAAUUCUGCAAUGGGUCUUUAGAUCGAAUGAGGGAUUCUCCGUGCUGCAAGAAGGCAUGGCAGCCGACUUACACCCCGAUUUCACCGUUUUCAAGGUACUUCGGAGGCCUGGGGGCAGCUUGUACGAGUACGACUUCCUCGUAGGCGAGACGAAAGUCCCCGGAGAAGCUUGGGGCGCGUUUACGGACCAUCUACACACGGUGUGCGCUAACAAUAACAACGACUCGAAGAAUGUUUAUGGCUUGCUUCAAAUUGGGUUUGAGAUUCAGCUUUACAAGCAUGAAAAUCAGCGGUUCGAGGCCAUCAGCGAGCGGAUGCACUUGGUUAGAGACGUACAAAGUGUCAUUGCUUGGUUCCAGCAUGUCAAAGCGAGGCCAAUGCCAUUUUUGUGA